AUGUCUGAGCACACAGUUAGACUAAAGUUUGUUCGACUGUGCGGAAUAACACCGACUCAGCAAAGUUUGGUUGCGGGGUUUCCCCGCAUCUGUCUUUCCCUCAACCUUUUUCAACCUCACUCCUUUGUCCCACAUCGGACAUUUCCCGAAUCACUUCAUCCUCCAGAUUCUUACCAAAGCACGUCGCCUCCGAAUCUGUGGAAUCGGUUCGUGGGUCUUAUCUUUGAGUCCGGAAAAUGCCCGAUCAAAGUAUUACCCGGCAAUCGAGCCGCCAGCCGCGGAGAACAGCCCGGCUACGAUUGGCCUGCGCUCGCUGCCAGCGACGGAAGAUCCGUUGUGAUGGCCAGCUGCCGACAUGUAACAACUGCAAGAAAGCCUCUGUGGCAUGUACUGAUGGCGAGAGUGUUCGUCUCCGAGACCUACCGAGAGCACCGUAUCAAAUGGCUUGAAAGCAUUGUGCGGGAACGAUGUCCGGAUGUUGAUUUAAGCCAAGGGCCAUCUAGUGAUGUCGACAUGGACUUGGAUGGUGACGAGACCUUCGCUGCUGAGUCAACCGUCGAUGAGGGUCUUACCCAAAGGGAGGACCAUUCAGGUCAGGCAGAUGAUAACGAAACGAGAGUUCAGCACUCCGUCUCGUCUGAGCCUGCGCCUGUUCCUCCACAUGCCCGCCCAGAAGCACGUCUGAUUGACCCAUCCGCCAGCAACGCCCUUUCACAUGAAAUCGGAAUGGUGUCUCUGGGGAGUGACCAGGACCCUAAGUAUAUAGGGCCUUCCAGUGGAUACUUCUUGGCCCGAUUAAUGCUUAAUUCGACUCGCCAAGAAGAUCAGACGGCUUGGCCGUCUAAAACCCCAGGAUCAAAUAGCCCAUUCCCGACUGCCCUUGUCGAAGCUAUGCAAGGUGCCCUUCCAUUACCUGGCAAAGAGCAGGCAAAACAACUGGCAGAAAUGUACUUCGACGUUAUCAACGUACAGUAUCCGAUACUUCAUCAACCAACGUUCAUGAUGCUCCUAGACCAAGUCUAUGAGAAUGGUACCGAGGCAGAUCAAGGCCCCACUGGCGUAUUCCAAGUCUUUAUGGUGCUCGCACUUGGGGCUACCGUCCUGUCCCGCCGGACCAGGGCACGUCUGUCCGGGGAAUCAUACUGCCUAUCGGCACUGCAAUACUUCGACCGCAUCAACGUUGAAAACUCUAUUCGUGGCUUACAAUGUCUCCUAUUACUAACUAUAUUCACAAUGCAUAGUGCAUCCAUGCGCUUGAACGUGUGGUAUCUUAACUAUCAAUGCAUUGCUGCCGUGCUAGAUCUAGGACUUCAACGCGAUAUCAACACUAAUGCUGGCAUCUCUCUGCUGGAACAAGAAAUGAGGACAAGAAUUUUCUGGGUAGUACUUACUCUGGAUCGAAUGAUCGCAACAAUGAUGGGUCGACCGAUUGGCCUACGUGACGAAGCCUGCGACCUCCGACUUCCACAAAAUAUUGAUGAUAUAUCGCUUCAGGGAUUUGGCCAACCUCUUAAUUCAGUACAGUCAGGCCGUAUGGCCUUUUCAAUUCAUCUCUUCCGUCUAGCCAAGCUAAACUCAGAGUUCAAAUACGUCGCAAAUAGCAUAGUUCGCGACACCCCUCGAUACGCAUACCCAGCAGUCAUUGACAUCCACGAAUGGCAAAACGGCAUGAUUCAGCAACUGGACGAUUGGUACGGUGGUAUUCCUCAACUUCCAGGGUUUGAGUACAUUCAUAUCGUUUGCCAAAUCAGAUAUCACGGCCUGCGAAUGCUGUUGCUGCGCCCAAGCCCUGCCAUUCCCAAUCCGUCAUCGGAAUCGUUGCGCAAAUGCUUCGAUGCUGCUUUUCAAAGCAUUCGCCUUCUGGAUCAACUUUACAAACAGAACCUACUUAUGCAUGCAUGGAACACACCCCACUCCAUUGUGUUGAGCGUCAUCACUAUGCUAUACUGCAUCAAGAUGGUGCCUGAGAUCGCUAGACAGACACCGCUGGACUCUUUGAUGUCUGACUUUAGUGCUGGAUUGGGAGUUCUGGCCGCUACAGGAGAGCAUUGGUCCGGAGCAAAGCGCUGCAGGGACAUACUCGAUGAUAUGAUUCGGGCAACCGUUCGCUGGAUCAAAGACCUUCCUAGCCAACCGGCUGCGUUGGAUGUUCAACACCAACGACGCUCUUCAAGGCUAGAUCCAUCACAGGCCCAACCUAUGAAUCCGUUUGAAAGCGGUCUGAACGGUACAGGAACGCCGAGGAUGAGCUAUGCUGAAGGCCUCUCGCAUCCAAUGACCAUGGCUGCUUUGACGGCCAGCGGCUCAGAAGCGUACCUUCCACAAGACCCAUUCGAAUCCUUCCUGGCCAGCACAACAUUUGGGGAUCAAUUGCAAAUGGGAGAAACUUCCAACCUGGAUAACAUCAUGCGCGGGCUAUUUGACGAUUUCAUACCAACAUACCCCAGUUUCACCUAG